CUAUAUAAGACGUGUUGUAUGCUUGCCUUGAUGCAUUACUAACCCGUUUGAGGGUAGUUAGAGAAGCUGUUGUGAACUGUGUGAACAAAAAAGUAUAAAAUGCAUGGUAUUUCGGUGACUAGUGUAGUCACUCUGUUGCUGGUGACAGGGCUGGAUGCUAAGGAUUUGUAUACCCGUGAUCCUCGCUGCCCACGUGUCGAUGAUCCGGCUAAGACGGUACACCUAACGCACCCGACGGACUGUAAUCGUUUUCUGGUCUGUUCGUCCGGUAUGGCGUACGAGAUGCGUUGUCCGGAGGGAUUAGAGUACGAUACGGAGCAACGCAGCUGCGAUUACGACUAUCUGGUCCGUUGCUCUGUUGAUGGCAGGGCUCAGGUGCAACAGGCUAGCUACGGUUUCGAGAUGCCCUUGGAGCGGCUCGUACUGAAUCGCCCGGCCUGGAACGAUAUGCAGGAAGAGCGCGAUGAAGUCCCAGCCCCACAGUACAAACCGGCAGUCAUUGUCGUUGAUGCUCGGUGUCCCCGAACGGAUGAUCCGCUGAAACCAAUCCACCUACCGCGCACCGGGAACUGUAGCAAGUUCAUGAAGUGUUUCGGAGGCCGUGCCUAUGAGAUGGACUGUCCGAAGGGGUUGGAGUUCAAUACGAAGAAUAGUCGUUGCGACUAUCCUGCGCUAGCCCGAUGCAGCCGUAUGUGAGCUUAAGUCAUACCAAGCAAAUAAAACUAUCGCUAUCGAUUCGAGUUAGAAAAUCUUAGAAAG